AGUCGACAAGGUCAAUACGACGUGUGGACUGGAACUUGGAAGAAUGUGAUUUCCCGGUAGUUUUAGCAUGAUGCAAUUCGACGGAUAAUGUCUGCUCAAACAUUUGUGAGGUGUAUGCUAGGUCUACUUACACCAAUGCUGUUUGUGUUAUUGCCGUUCCUCCCCCUGGGGAUCUUACUCUUCUACUUCUUGAGGCGGAGAGUCCAGCACCAAGGGAGACUCCAGUUUGGCCACCUGAGGGAGCCAGGCAGUGAUGGACAACAGCCAAUUGUGGUGGGUUUUUUCCAUCCGUACUGUAAUGCCGGAGGUGGUGGCGAGAGGGUUUUAUGGUGUGCUAUUGCUGCUCUGCAAGACAGAUAUUCCUUUGUGAAGUGUGUGGUGUAUACCGGUGACAGUGACAUAAGAGGUGAAGAAAUUAUACAAAAAGCAAAGCAACGCUUCAACAUCAGCAUCACUAAACCUGUGGAAUUUGUGUUCCUGAAAAAGCGCCACCUUGUUGAGGCAUCGACAUACCCCUACUUCACUCUUCUUGGGCAGAGCCUCGGGUCUAUGAUACUUGGAUGGGAAGCUUUAAUGAACUGUGUACCUGAUGUAUACAUUGACUCCAUGGGUUAUGCCUUUACAUUGCCGCUCUUCAAGUAUCUCGGUCUAUGUAAGGUUGGCUGUUAUGUUCACUAUCCCACCAUCAGCACUGAUAUGCUGACCAGGGUGACCCAGCGCACAGCCACGUACAACAACCCAGGUUUUGUUGCCAGAAGUCGUGUCCUUAGUUUCUUGAAGGUGAUCUACUACCAUAUGUUUGCAUACCUAUAUGGAAUUAUGGGCGCACGCAGUGAUGCCGUGAUGGUCAACUCAUCAUGGACAAACGGUCACAUCCAAUGCAUCUGGAAGAUACCAGCUCUAACAAGCAUAGUGUAUCCACCCUGUGAUACAGACGCCUUCCUAAAAAAACCUUUGGUCUCAAAAGCUGGAAAGAAGAAACAGGUGAUUGUUUCCAUAGCUCAGUUCCGUCCUGAGAAAAACCACCCAUUACAAGUAGAAGCAUUCUUUGAGCUCUUAAAACGGCUCCCGAUGGAAGAGAGGCAAAAUUUGAAACUUGAACUCAUUGGGAGCUGUCGGAAUAAAGAUGAUUCAGACCGUGUGGAUGCGUUGCGGGAACUUUGCGAGGACCACAAAAUACGCGCCAAUGUGGACUUUUUGCUGAACAUCUCAUUCGAAGAUCUCAAAGAGCACUUGUCUGCUGCCACCAUUGGGCUACAUACCAUGUGGAAUGAACACUUUGGCAUUGGUGUGGUUGAGUGCAUGGCAGCAGGUACAGUUAUCGUGGCACACAACUCAGGAGGACCAAUGAUGGACAUUGUCAUUGACUCUGAUGGCAAACCCACGGGGUUCCUUGCUGACGAUGUGAUGAGCUACGCUGAUGCCUUUGAAAAGAUCCUUAGAAUGAGUGACGAGGAGCAGAUGGAGAUCCAAAGGAAUGCUAGAGCUUCGGUCGGGCGUUUCUCCGAGGAGGAAUUCAAGAGAGGUUUUAUUGAUGCUACCGAAAUUCUUAUUAAAUAAAGUUAAAUGGUUACAUCAAUCUUGGUGGUUACAUUAUUCAGUCCCCUGACGAUGACUAGAGCAAGCUAGUCGAAACGUUGCGACCAGUUUAAGAACUGACUCCGCGGUAGUGCAG